AAACAAUGUAAAGAACAAGUGAACAGCUAUCCCUUUGCUUAUUAUAAAAAAUGUUUAACUUCUGAAACAGCAAUUCAAAUUUUUACUAAUCAUCAACUAAAAAAGAAACAAAAGGAAGAAAUCUUAAGAUCUAAUGAUAAAAUUGUUAUUUAUACAGAUG